AUGGGAACUGUCAUUCUUGCAGAAAUGUCCAGAUGCAAAUUGACAAGCAUGACUGCCAGCAGAGUGACAGAGAUUAUGGAUCGUUGGUUGAAAUCUGGAACUACUAAACCGAAAGAAAGUAAUGAUUGUAGUAGCAAUCAACGAACAGGAAAUAAUGAAAUUAACGAUGAAUCAAUUUCAAUUCUGAAAGAACCUGUUAAGAAAAAAGCAAGGAAAACUCACAAGUACGACAAAGAAUAUCUUAAAUUUGGAUUCUCAUGGACUGGAGAUGAAAAUGAGCCUAUUCCACUUUGUGUCAUUUGUUUUGAAAAUCUAACAAAUGAAAGCAUGAAGCCAUCCAACUUAAAGCGCCAUUUUGAGACAAACCAUAAUCAGUACAAAGAUAAACCCAUAAAUUUUUUUGAAAAUAAACUUAAGGGUUUAAAUCAGUCUCGAACAGUAAUGCGGGGUUUGACGGGAGGUGACAAUCAAAAAAUACUAGAAGCUUUGUAUCACGUGUCGCUUUUAAUUGCCAAAUGUAGUGCAGCGGAAACCAUUGGCGAAAUUUUAAUCAAGUCUGCAGCCAAGAUAAUGGCAGAAGUAAUGAUAGGAGAUAGAGCAAAACAAACUUUUGACCACGUUCCUCUCUCAAAUAAUACAGUUCAUCGAUGAAUCAUUGAUAUGUCUAAUAAUGUAAAACAGAUGUUAUUAUCUGAUAUUUCUCAAAGUCGUUAUUAUGCAUUGCAAGUCGAUGAGUCCACCGACAUUGCGAAUUUUGCAAAUCUUAUGGCAUUUGUUAGAU